UUCGUCGGAUGAGUCCUUGCCUCCGAUGCCGGACACGCCGACACCGUCUGAGCCGCGGUCGAGUAGUCAGAGCCAAGGCCCACGGCGCAGCCAGCGCAUUCUGGGCCGAGCGCCGCGCGGGGAAGCUUCACAAGAGCGACAGUACUGUACACAGCGAUGUCUUCUAGGACUGGUCAGAAGAGGUCGGCUUGACGCAAAGUGUCCCAACGUUCUCUUGCACCGGCAGGCUAACCUUGCAGCUGCUGAUCAUCUGAUCGACCGUGACGAGUUCCUCCGGCUCCUAUUUCAGCAGCUGCAGGAGUCUCUUGACCACGGGAUCAGUCGUCUAGAUGUAGGCGGAUCUCGCGGCGUGCUGUUCAAAAUUAGUCUGAUGGCCUACGGCUACACUUUCGUCGCCAAGGGCACGGUAUCUGCUUUCAUUCGGGACCUAGAACACGAAACAGCCAUCUACAAACACCUCGAAGGACUUCAGGGGUCUCAGGUGCCGGUCUGCCUGGGCGCGAUAGAUCUUCGCGACAUGGGCAGGAUUUAUUACUACGACCAUCGGGUCUACAUCGAAUACCUGUUGCUUCUCUCGCAUGGCAGUCCGAUUGACGAAGCGGUUCGUGCUGGUGAGGUCAAACGUUGUCUGAGGGC